CCCCCGGGCCCCGCCCCCGUCAGACGCAGGCCCCGCCCCCUCUCCGCCCCGCCCCGGCUCGGGCGGCCGGAGGACCCGGAGCUAAGGCGCCCGAGCCCGCGGCGGCGGUGGGGACGAUGUGGUUCUUUGCCCGGGACCCGGUCCGGGACUUUCCGUUCGAGCUCAUCCCGGAGCCCCCAGAGGGCGGCCUGCCCGGGCCCUGGGCCCUGCACCGCGGCCGCAAGAAGGCCACAGGCAGCCCCGUGUCCAUCUUCGUCUAUGAUGUGAAGCCUGGCGCGGAAGAGCAGACCCAGGUGGCCAAAGCUGCCUUCAAGCGCUUCAAAACUCUACGGCACCCCAACAUCCUGGCUUACAUCGAUGGACUGGAGACAGAAAAAUGCCUCCACGUCGUGACAGAGGCUGUGACCCCGUUGGGAAUAUACCUCAAGGCGAGAGUGGAGGCUGGUGGCCUGAAGGAGCUGGAGAUCUCCUGGGGGCUACACCAGAUCGUGAAAGCCCUCAGCUUCCUGGUCAACGACUGCAGCCUCAUCCACAACAAUGUCUGCAUGGCCGCCGUGUUCGUGGACCGAGCUGGCGAGUGGAAGCUUGGGGGCCUGGACUACAUGUAUUCAGCCCAGGGCAACGGUGGGGGACCUCCCCGCAAGGGGAUCCCCGAGCUUGAGCAGUAUGACCCCCCGGAGUUGGCUGACAGCAGUGGCAGAGUGGUCAGAGAGAAGUGGUCAGCAGACAUGUGGCGCUUGGGCUGCCUCAUUUGGGAAGUCUUCAAUGGGCCCCUACCUCGGGCAGCAGCCCUACGCAACCCUGGGAAGAUCCCCAAAACGCUGGUGCCCCAUUACUGUGAGCUGGUGGGAGCAAACCCCAAGGUGCGUCCCAACCCAGCCCGCUUCCUGCAGAACUGCCAGGCACCUGGUGGCUUCAUGAGCAACCGCUUUGUAGAAACCAACCUCUUCCUGGAGGAGAUUCAGAUCAAAGAGCCAGCCGAGAAGCAAAAAUUCUUCCAGGAGCUGAGCAAGAGCCUGGACGCAUUCCCUGAGGAUUUCUGUCGGCACAAGGUGCUGCCCCAGCUGCUGACCGCCUUCGAGUUCGGCAAUGCUGGGGCCGUUGUCCUCACGCCCCUCUUCAAGGUGGGCAAGUUCCUGAGCGCUGAGGAGUAUCAGCAGAAGAUCAUCCCUGUGGUGGUCAAGAUGUUCUCAUCCACUGACCGGGCCAUGCGCAUCCGCCUCCUGCAGCAGAUGGAGCAGUUCAUCCAGUACCUUGACGAGCCAACGGUCAACACCCAGAUCUUCCCCCACGUCGUACAUGGCUUCCUGGACACCAACCCUGCCAUCCGGGAGCAGACGGUCAAGUCCAUGCUGCUCCUGGCCCCAAAGCUGAACGAGGCCAACCUCAAUGUGGAGCUGAUGAAGCACUUUGCACGGCUACAGGCCAAGGAUGAACAGGGCCCCAUCCGCUGCAACACCACAGUCUGCCUGGGCAAAAUCGGCUCCUACCUCAGUGCUAGCACCAGACACAGGGUCCUUACCUCUGCCUUCAGCCGAGCCACUAAGGACCCAUUUGCAGCGUCCCGGGUUGCGGGUGUCCUGGGCUUUGCUGCCACCCACAACCUCUACUCAAUGAACGACUGUGCCCAGAAGAUCCUGCCUGUGCUCUGCGGUCUCACUGUAGAUCCUGAGAAAUCUGUGCGAGACCAGGCCUUCAAGGCCAUUCGGAGCUUCCUGUCCAAAUUGGAGUCUGUGUCGGAGGACCCGACCCAGCUGGAGGAAGUGGAGAAGGAUGUCCAUGCAGCCUCCAGCCCUGGCAUGGGAGGAGCUGCAGCCAGCUGGGCAGGCUGGGCCGUGACCGGGGUCUCCUCACUCACCUCCAAGCUGAUCCGUUCGCACCCAACCACUGCCCCCACAGAAACCAACAUUCCUCAAAGACCCACGCCUGAAGGAGUUCCUGCCCCGGCCCCCACCCCUGUUCCUGCCACCCCUACAACCUCAGGCCACUGGGAGACGCAGGAGGAGGACAAGGACACAGCAGAGGACAGCAGCGCUGCUGACAGAUGGGACGACGAAGACUGGGGCAGCCUGGAGGAGGCCGAGUCUGUGCUGGCCCAGCAGGACGACUGGAGCACCGGGGGCCAAGUGAGCCGUGCUAGUCAGGUCAGCAACUCCGACCACAAAUCCUCCAAAUCCCCAGAGUCCGACUGGAGCAGCUGGGAAGCUGAGGGCUCCUGGGAACAGGGCUGGCAGGAGCCAAGCUCCCAGGAGCCACCUCCUGACGGUACACGGCUGGCCAGCGAGUAUAACUGGGGUGGCCCAGAGUCCAGCGACAAGGGCGACCCCUUCGCUACCCUGUCUGCACGUCCCAGCACCCAGCCGAGGCCGGACUCUUGGGGUGAGGACAACUGGGAGGGCCUCGAGACUGACAGUCGACAGGUCAAGGCUGAGCUGGCCCGGAAGAAGCGCGAGGAGCGGCGGCGGGAGAUGGAGGCCAAACGCGCCGAGAGGAAGGUGGCCAAGGGCCCCAUGAAGCUGGGAGCCCGGAAGCUGGACUGAACCGUGGCGGUGGCCCUUCCUGGCUGCGGAGAGCCCGCCCCGCAGAUGUAUUUAUUGUACAAACCAUGUGAGCCCGGCCGGCCCGGCCAGGCCAUCUCACGUGUACAUAAUCAGAGCCACAAUAAAUUCUAUUUCACA